AUGGAUGGGAGUCUAGAGGAGAUGUCCCUCCACAGCCACUCGGAUCUGGUUCACAGCCAGGACGGCAGGGCCAUGCUGCACUCGCGGGACCUUUCAGCUGCUUUCCCCAGGCCUUCCCUUGGGGGCCCCUCCAUGUCUCUGGAGCACGAGCCCCGUCCACCGGGCUUCGACCACUCCAUGUCAGCGCUGGGCUACAGCGGCGACUCCCCGUCCAGCUCGGGCAGCACCUACACCACCCUGACCCCCCUGCAGCCCUUUGACGACAAGUUCCACCACCACCACCACCAUCACCACCCCUGCCUCCCAGUCAGCAAUGUCAUCGGCAGCUUCACCCUCAUGCGCGAGGACCGAGCACACCUCAGCACCAACUUCUACAACCCCUACGGCAAGGACCUGGCCAUGUCCCAAAGCCUGUCGCCCCCCUCCACAGGUUCAGGCCUGGGCUCCUCCAUGCACGGCUACGGCAGCUUGGGCAACAGCCCAAAUGGCAAUGGCGGCCAGAUGCUCCACGGGGGCUACGACGUCCACGGGGGGAGCCUCUUCUGCCGGACAUCGGAUUUUGGACGGGAGAUGUCGCCGCCAGGCCUAGGAGGAGGCGAUGUGUCGGUGGGGCAUCAGCUGAACAAAAUGGAGGCUCACCAGCACGCCCCCAGUCACCAUCCUCACAUCUACAGCCAGCACUACCAGCCCCACCAUCACCCGAGCCAGCAGGCCUCCAAGAUGGGCGAGCACCUGCACUCCUCAUCGUCCGCCUCGUCCUCGCCCGGAGAGGGCAAGCUGCCGGGCGGCGGAGGUGGUUCCGGGGAGGAGAUCAACACCAGGGAUGUGGCCCAGAGGAUCAUCACCGAGCUGAAGAGGUACAGCAUCCCCCAGGCCAUCUUCGCAGAGAGGGUUCUGUGUAGGUCACAGGGCACACUGUCUGACCUCCUGAGGAACCCCAAGCCCUGGGGCAAGCUCAAGUCCGGCCGCGAGACCUUUAAGAGGAUGUCCCGCUGGCUCCAGGAGCCCGAGUUUCAAAGAAUGGCCUCGCUCCGGCUGGAGGCCUGCAAGAGGAAGGAGCAGGAGCAGAGCAAGCUGGAGCGCAACCAGGGCCCGAAGCGCACCAGGCUGGUGUUCACGGACCUGCAGCGGCGCACGCUCCUGGCCAUCUUCAGGGAGAACCACCGCCCGACCAAAGAGCUGCAGGUCACCAUCUCCCAGCAGCUGGGCCUGGAGCUCUCCACUGUCAGCAACUUCUUCAUGAACGCCCGCCGACGCAACCUCAACAAGUGGGCGGACGAGGGCCGUCCCUCCUCCACGGGUUCCUCGGGCUCCAGCGUUUCCUCCUCCGCAGUGUCCUGCAGCACGGCAUGA